UCCAGAUGCAGAAGUGAUAGCUUUAUCACCCAAGUCACUAAUGGCAACAAACAGAUUCUUAUGUGAGGUAUGCAACAAAGGAUUCCAAAGGGAACAAAACUUACAACUACACAGAAGAGGACACAAUUUGCCUUGGAAACUAAAGCAGAAAAAUACAAAAGAAGUAGUAAAAAGAAAGGUCUAUCUUUGUCCUGAAAUCACAUGUGUACACCAUGAAACUUCCAGAGCAUUAGGUGAUCUCACUGGUAUUAAAAAACAUUACUUCAGAAAACAUGGUGAGAAGAAAUUCAAGUGUGAGAAAUGUUCCAAGAAAUAUGCAGUUCAGUCUGAUUGGAAAGCUCAUACAAAAACUUGUGGCACUCGUGAAUAUAGAUGUGAUUGUGGCACUCUUUUCUCAAGGCGUGACAGUUUCAUCACACAUAGAGCCUUUUGUGUUGCCUUGGCUCAAGAAACUGCAAGAAAUCCAGUACCAAUACACAAUUUAGGCAACUUCUCCAAAAUGCAGAAUUCCACAAUUUUAGAUCAAAAAUACCCUUCUUCUAAUUCCAUUGAUAUAUUGAGUUUGGGAAAUACCAAAACUACCCAUAAUCAGCAGUUCAAUCACAACCUCAUUGAUACAUCCAAUAUUGGCUCAAAUACUAGUAAUUCCUUUUUCUUUCAAGAAUCCAAUCAAGAUUAUGCCAACAUUAAACCAAUCCAUGACCUAAUGCAACAACUCCCAAAUUUUCACAACAACAAUAUGUUUAACCUCAACUUUUUCCAAAAUAAUGAUGGAAAUAGCAAUAUGUCAAGUGGAAUUUUGGGUGAUCAAAAUAUUAGUUGUUCAAUCCCUUCUCUUUAUGGUUCACAAGUUCAGAACCAUAAUCUUAAUAGUACUACUACUUCUUCAGUUGCACCAAUGUCGGCCACUGCACUUCUUCAAAAAGCAGCUCAAAUGGGAUCUACUACAAGUAAUAUUAGCACUACUGCCUUAUUGCUGAAAGCCUUUGGAAAUAGUACUAAUGGUGGUAAUUCAUCCUCUAGUGGCACAAAAUCUGAUCAUCAAGUUGUCAACUUUGGCGACAAUUUCAGUGACCAUAGUGGGAACCACUUGCGCGACAUCAAUGGCGAAGCCAAAAAUUUUGGUACGCCCGCUGACAUUGUGAAUGGUGUCAAUGCUUAUGGACAUGACCAAAAUGACUAUGGAGGAGGAUACAACGCAGCAACCAAAUUGAACUUUGAGGAGCAACAGCACCAAUUACCACCACAGAAGAAACAGUUAACUAGAGAUUUCCUUGGAGUUGGAGAAAUAGUAAGAAGUAUGAGUGGGGGAUUUAGUAGCCAAAGGGAGCAACAACAACAACAACAAAGCAAUCAGAGUUUUAUAAGUCCUGAAAAUUUUCAGUGACGUUCAAGAAAAGGUGAAAAAAGUUCAAAUACGACAAAAGGAAUGCACAAAAAAGUACAGGUAAAAGUUUAAUUUUUUUUCUAAAAAAAAUAGUAGUACUAUUAGAUUAUUCUAAGAAUGUCUCAAUCUGUAUAUCAUUUUCUCAUGAAUUUUUUUUAAACGUUGCGAAAG